AAAACAAGUGGGUCCAUCCUCCACUCCAGCUUUCGUGUCAUUUCCUUUCUCUCUCUUUCCUUUACUUUCCCUUCAGGCAUCGAUAUCCAAAUCCCCCUCCUUUUGUCCCUUCUCUUCAUCAAUUUCCCCUUAGUUUCUGCUUUUUUCUUUAAAACAAUAAAGAUCCCUUAGUUCUUUUCUUUCUUCGCCUUUUCCUCCAACAGGAGUUAUGAUUCGGCUGUUUAAAGUAAAGGAAAAGCAGAGAGAACUUGCUGAAAAUGCAAAUGGGGGAGCUCCUACCAAAAAGCAAAGUCCAGGAGAGUUGCGUUUGCACAAAGAUAUUUCUGAGCUUAACUUACCCAAAUCUUGUGCUAUAACAUUUCCAAAUGGAAAGGAUAACCUGAUGAAUUUUGAGGUUUCAAUUCGACCCGAUGAAGGAUAUUAUUUCGGUGGCACAUUUUUAUUCUCCUUUCAAGUUUCACCCGUCUAUCCGCAUGAGGCACCCAAAGUUAAGUGCAAGACCAAGGUCUACCAUCCAAAUAUUGAUUUGGAAGGAAAUGUUUGCCUUAACAUCUUACGUGAAGAUUGGAAACCGGUGCUCAAUAUAAACACUAUAAUCUAUGGUUUAUAUCAUCUUUUCACGGAACCGAAUUAUGAGGAUCCCCUCAAUCAUGAAGCUGCUGCAGUGUUGAGGGAUAAUCCAAAGAUGUUUGAAUCCAAUGUGAGGAGGGCAAUGUCUGGCGGGUAUGUUGGGCAAACCUUUUUCCCACGGUGUGUCUAGCUUUAGCAAGGUCGCUGAAUGCGCAAAUGCACACGUCAUAAACACUUGAGCUUCCAUGGGUUGUAUAAUUUACCUGCAAAUUGCCCUCUAUUGUCUGCUUUGAUUUUCUCACUUUUCCUGCAAGACCAACCGGAUAAAAAUUCCAACAAUGUUUCACUCUAGCUUUUCCCAAUGCUGUUGUAAGAAUCUGUGGCAUAUAGUCUCAAUGUGGAACUAGGAUAGAGACAAUAGACCGAAUUUCAUGCACUUGCAUAUUGUGUGACAUCUCUCUCUCUCUCUCUCUUUCUGAAAGUGAAUACCUCUCUUUGUUUCUUUCUUUAGCCUGUUUUUGCUUUGAGUGCAAGGAUUUAGGUGCUUGUUGAACAUUGAGCAACAAAUCAUUCCCAUAAUCAAAAUAAUUCCUGAACCAGAUUUCAUCUUCA